AUGAAAGCAGUCAUCCUUGCAAGCACCAUCUUGGCCACCCUUACCUGCCAAGCCGCAGCCAGCUAUCUUGGUACUGAGGAUGACAUCAUCACCGCAGCAUACAGCGAAAUCUUCGGGCCGCUGUUCUUGUGGGACAUUGUGCCAUCAGAGUACUCAGAUGGGUCGUUUACGAUUCAGAAUGUCGGCUCGAAACAAUAUACUAAUGCCCCUGAAUUGGGACAGGACUGUCAACUGUCGGAAUACGCAACGCCAUUCCAAAACGAAACGGUUCUUAAAGAGGGCCAGACAUACUAUACCAUUCAGAUAAACAUUAACGACCGUUUCUUUCCUGAGUCAUGGGCCCUCGAGGUCGAUGAUCAUUUGAUGACCCAAGAAAGAGACGAGAGCAAUGACCGGCAGUUGCUUAUCUUUGAGGAGGUUGAGGCAUAA